GAGCAGAGCUUCCCCCCUGGAGCUGGGGUGAUUUGUGGGUAAAUAACGUGUAGGGCUCCCUACGCUGGCAAAGCGCCCCUCGUGCAGAGGUGGCCUCGGCGGGACGCUAGUCCGUAGGAGCCGGGAAGCCGGCGAUCCAGUGCAGACAAGGGGCGUGGGGUGGGGUGUGGGGGGUCCAUCAGAGCUGGGCCUCGUGUCCCUCCAUGUGCUGCUGCUGCCCCAGAGGAGCUGGCCUGUGGGUCGGGGGAGAAGAGGCCCGUUCUCGGUGAUUUCACAACUGGCUUCGGCAGGACUAGGAGAGGCUACCCAGAAGUAGCAUCCGCGUUUUGUGCCUGCAGGGUGCAUGUCACGGAGCAGGGUACUUACAUGAGCGGGCUCAGAGCCAAACCGUACAGCAGUACUGUGGCAGUGUUCAGGUAUUGCCGCGAUUGAUAGGAAGUAGAUACAAUCCUAUGAUGUCAGUGGUCGCAAAUGGGAGUUAAUACCAACCUUCGAUUUUCACGGGCCUCUGAAAUGUGGAGUUGACCCCAGUUCAGUUUUGUCCCCCUCCUCUUCCCUCCCAGUAGCUCUAGCUGUGUCAUGGCAGCCAGACUGGUGCAACGCUGUUGUCGUCGGCUCUUUGGUGGCUCCAUCUUCGCACCCCUCGUGACCCCAACUUCACUGUUAGCACCAGCAUCCAAGACAGUGGUAGCAAGAGCUCUACCUCAGGCAGCUCUUGCUUCAUUACACACUUCAAGCCUCUCCAAGCAAACAGACAAACUCUCAGUCAAGGAGCAAGUGUACAGCCGACAUCCAGAGCACAGAGAGAUUGAUGAACUCAUUGAAUCAGCUUCUAGCCCUGAAGAUCUCUUGAACGUGGGUGAACAUCACUCUCUAAAUGGGAACCAGGCCUCUGCAGUGGUCAUCCAACUCUCCCGACUCGUGGUGGACAAGAAACUAGAAACAGAGAGCAUCUUGCAGGACAGUCGCUUCCAGCAAGUGCUCAACAUUCUAAAUAGCCAGCUUUCCCAGGUCUGGAAUAGCUCUUUGUUGCCCCUCUUGAAGAGCCUCUACCUUCUGGGGAUGGAGAGGAAUAAAAGGGAGCUGAGAUCGGUGAAGCAGGAGGUGCGCUGGCGGUUAAGACGCUUGAACUUCAGGCAGAUUGCUUCCCUGGCAGAGUACAUAGCAGCCAGCGAGCACACGGAGGAUCAGAGUGAGCUGCUGAGCGAUGUGGUGAAGCACCUGGAGCUGCGCUGGACGGAGAUUGGGGACACCAGAGCUGUGGUGGCAUUGAUGAAGAAGGUCGGGCACCACUCGCAGACCCUGAUGGACCGGCUGGAGGACAAGGCUUUGGAAUUAGCCGAGCAAUUCACUGCCGAGGACAUUCGGAAAGUGGCAUUGGCUUUAGCGCUCCAGAACCGGCGCUCUGUCCCCCUGCUCCGGGCCAUUUCCUACCAUCUGGUUCAGAAGCACUUUACCCUCAGCACUAGUGUUCUUGUGGACUUGGCCUUUGCAUAUGGAAAGCUGAAUUUCCACCAGACCCAGGUCUUCCAGAAGAUGGCAUCAGACCUGCACGCCCGCGUGCCCGAGAUGGCUCAUGGUGACGUGGGGCGCUGCAUCAAGUCCUUCGCUUACCUCAAGUGGCUCAACCUGCCCCUCUUCGAGGCCUUCGCUCAGUACACCUUGGACAAUGCCGACAGAUUCACCAUGCUGCAGCUGUGCAACGUCAUCCUGUCUUUCGCCCGCCUGAACUUCCAGCCGAGCAGAAGCGAGAACUACUUUAACAUGGUCCAUGAGAAGCUUGGUGACCAGCUGGACAGCCUGGACCCGCACCUGCUGACAGAUCUGGUGUGGUCACUGUGCGUGCUGCAGCAGGCAAAGACUCCCUACCUGCAAAGGGUGCUGGCCCCACAGUUGUAUAGCCAGCUUCUGGCCGACCAGACGCCCAGAGGACAGAACUACAGGCUCAAACUGAUGCAUAUCAAUGCUGCUGCCAGGCUGGAGUGCCCGGGCUACCAGGGGCCCUUCCUUCCGCCAGAGGCCCUGAGUGCCACGGAGCCAACCAGGGACACGAAGGCCUCUCCGCUACAGAGCAGCCUGCAGGAGGUGCUGAACAGGGUGGCCAAAGACGAGGUUAACAGGCGGUUCAACGUGCACACCAUUUAUGGCUGGCAGCUUGAUGCCGAGAUGAUGCUGAACAGCGACAACCAGCCUCUCCCCAUAAAGGACUUUGCUGCCCCCUACCUGCUCCAGUCAGAAGGGACAAAACCCCCACCCCGCGGCACCAGGAGGAUCGCUUUCCUGAGGUGGGAGUUCCCAAACUUCAGCAGCAGAAGCAAGGACCUGCUGGGCCGCUUCGCCAUGGCCCGACGACACUUGCAAGCCGCUGGGUUCUUGAUCGUGGAUGUUCCCUACUAUGAGUUUCUGGAGCUGAAAUCGGAGUGGCAGAAGGCAGCCUACCUCAAGGACAAAAUGAACAAAGCCGUGGGGGCAGAGAUGGCUAAAUGAACCCUGAACCUGACGACGGACGGACUCUAGUCUUUGCAUCCAGCGUGGGACAGAGAGAGAGGAUUGCCUCAAUCGACUGGAGUGCAGCUGCUGUGAAUGGGCCUUGUGCUCCCCGGGGGUGGGGAGGAGGAAGGCAGAGGUGUGGGUAGCGUUGUGUAUAUAAAUAUGUAUUGGAAUAAAUUCCCUCUUGUACAGGCCAA